GGACAAGCGCAAGACCGGUAGCCGAAACUUGAAGUCUUAUCUGUCAGAUCUUCUGAUUUAUCCAGCUCAAUAAUCAUGGCAGCCUUCGCGGCAUCGUCCCUUCCUGUGGCGGUCCCCUUGCAAGGAGCCUCCACAAAACGGCUCAUUGGUGCUGCCACGAGCCGCAAAACGCAGCUCGCACGCCCUACCACAACCUGCAUGGCCACCAAAAAGGAGAGCGCAGAGAUCAUCUUCUCACCGUUCCAGGAGGUGAAGCCAGAGCUGGCCGCCGUUUCAAAGGUGGAUAACUCUGUGGAGUCUUUUGCUCGCAGCCACUAUGAAGUGUCUUGCGAGGUUGCCCUCAACGAGCAGAUCAAUGUGGAGUACAACAUCUCGUACAUCUACCACUCUCUGUACGCCUUCUUUGACCGUGACAAUGUCGGCCUGCCAGGCUUUGCCGAGUACUUCAGGAAGAGCAGCGAGGAGGAGAGGGAGCACGCGGAGAAGCUGAUGGUGCAGCAGAACAGGCGCGGCGGCCGCGUGAAGCUGCACAGCAUCCUGCUGCCGGAGACGGAGUUCAACCACAAGGACAAGGGGGACGCGCUGUACGCAAUGGAGCUUGCGCUGUCACUGGAGAAGCUCAACUUCACAAAGCUGCGCGAGCUGCACCGCGUUGCCUGCAACGCCGAGGACGCCCAGCUCGCCGACUUCAUCGAGGGACACUUUCUUCAGGAGCAGGCAGAGGCCAUCAAGACGGUGUCAGAGUAUGUCUCGCAGCUGCGGCGCGUGGGCAAGGGCUUGGGAGUGUUUGAGUUUGACAAGUACCUCACAGAGCAGGAUGGUGCUGCCGCGUAGGAGAGGCAAACUCCCAGCCUAGCUGUCAGAUUUUUGGUGUUGUAGGAGCAAGCGGAGCGAAUGGGAAAUGAUGGGGCUGCACACGUGUUGUGACUCCCUUGAAUGUAGACCUGAUAUCCCCUGUUUGGGAGACUCACACUUGGAUUGGAUUUCUGAGGUAGAGCUUAUGUGUCUUUUUUGAAGGGUCCCUUGACUGCACCCAGAAGAAGUACGCGUUUUUGCUGGGAAACAUUCCUUGGGUGUUAGUGAUUUUGUGCGGAGGGAAAAAUGCCCCCGGCAUUGCUUUGGCGCCAGGUAGAAUUUUAGCCAUUGAAUGAAAGCAGCAGUUGUGCCUUGAUGCCGAGGUCUGUGCUUCAACUUGAAAGUGUGAAAGUUUACAGUGGCGCUGAUUAUCAUAAUUGGCGAUGAUCGUAUAUGGUGUGUGCUCUUCCUAAUGCUGUAUGGGCUUAUUUUGUACAGAGUAGAAUGUGCCUAAACAUCAAGGUCUUAAUAUGUCGAUUUUC